AUGAAUGACACGGCAAGCUUAAAAAACCAAGUCAACAGUUAUUGCACUUACACAGAACCUGAAUCAGCCAUUGAAAAAACUGUUAAACUUAUGUCAUGUUUGGUUCUUGGUGGAUUUGGUAUUUUUGGCAACGUUUUUGUCAUCGUGCUGGCUGUAAAGUACACUGCAACAAAGAAUCUUCACUUUUUGAUCAUCAACAUGGCUGUCGCUGAAACUCUUUUUAUCGCGGCUAGUAUAUUCCAGUWUAUCAAUGAYAGAUUUCUAACGGUUGGCUUAUGGAACAAAAUUGACGUAAAAAUUGCAACAGUUCUCUGCAAAGUGACAUAUUCGAACCACAUUUUUAAUACAGCGUCUCUCGUUACUCUUCUGAUCAUCAGCAUUGAAAGAUUCAAAAUCACAAGGCAAACUSCUCAAAUCCCACGACCAUUUACUGGAAAGCGGCGAGCCGCAGUAAUAGCUGGUUCAUGGUUGAUUCCAAUGGUAAUGGAAAUAGAUACUUUAUUAUUUGCUCAAAUUGAGCAAACAAAGUCUACAAAGAUUUGUAUUAGACGUUAUACGGACAAAAAUUAUGGAACGAUUUAUGUGUUUGGUUAUAUUGCUUUGGUGUUGGCCUUUUAUUUUGCAAUAGUCYUGCUGAGUAUAACAAUAUUGCGAAGAAUAUCCAGACCACAAGCCAUUGAAAACAAUCUUUCUGAAGUACAAAGACAACAGCGAAAAAAGCGAAUCCGAAAUGCAGUGAAAAUGGUUUUAUAUUCAUUAUUGCUUUACACGUGUUGCUAUGUUCCAUUUGUAAUAGGACAUGUCAUAAUAUUUUCUAUCAAUCCAUGCGCCGAAUAUAAGUGGCCAGCGGUGUUCUUCCUAGCUUGGUACAUUCUUSCCAUUGGAAAUUCUUCUCUCAGUCCCGUCAUCUAUUGYGUCUGUCUGUCCGACUUUCAUGAAGCAGCGAAGARAGUGCUUUGUAAUGGAAACAAUCGGACUAAUGUUGAGCGUCGAAACUCCAUAGAACCAAGCUCCCGUCGCACUGAAAACACUCAACUGUAG